AGAGCGACAGGGUGAACUGACGCCCCAGCACCGGGACUCGGAGACUAAUUGGAGACUAACAAGUAUUGAAAUAGCGAUUAAAAAAAAACAAAACACUCGCAUCCACGUAGGACACACUGGAUAUGGCUACCUCUAUUCUUGGGGAAGAGCCACGGUUUGGAACUACUCCCUUAGCGAUGCUGGCAGCAACCUGCAACAAGAUCGGCAACACCAGUCCUCUCACCACUCUACCUGACUCCAGCGCCUUCUCCAAAGGUGGAUUUCACCCGUGGAAGAGGUCCAGCUCCAGCUGCAGCCUCGGCUCCAGCCUGCCGGGCUUCACGGUAGCGACCAGCCGAGCCUCCUCGGGACUUACACCCACGAGUGGCGCGGGGAACAGCGCCUUCUGUUUGGCCUCCACCUCCCCGACCUCCGCCGCCUUCUCCACCGAGUACAGCGGCCUCUUCUCCAACACGGCCAGCGUCAGCACGCAGGAGUCCGGACAGUCCGCCUUCAUCUCCAAGGUGCACACGUCAGCGGAGACGCUGUACCCACGGGUGGGCAUGGCGCACCCGUACGAGUCCUGGUACAAGACCGGCUUCCACUCCACCAUCUCGGGCGAGGUCGCCAACGGCGCGUCGUCGUGGUGGGACGUGCACACCAACCCCGGGUCGUGGCUGGACGUGCAGAAUCCGGCCGGCGGCCUGCAGACCUCCCUGCACUCGGGCACCCCGCAGGCGAUCCACUCGCAGCUGAGCGGCUACAACCCGGACUUCUCCUCGCUGACGCACUCCGCCUUCAGCUCCACGGGGAUCAGCCCGUCCGCCUCCCACCUCCUGUCCACCAGCCAGCACCUGUUAACACAGGACGGUUUCAAAACGGUGAUCCCCACCUACACGGACACGUCCACGGCCAACGCCAUGAUCUCGGGAGGCGGCUCCGGCAUCAGCAGCUCCAGCCGCUCCUCCAGGCGCUACUCCGGCCGCGCAACCUGUGACUGUCCCAACUGCCAGGAGGCCGAGCGGCUGGGGCCCGCCGGGGCCAGUCUGAGGAGGAAGGGUCUGCACAGCUGCCACAUCCCCGGCUGCGGGAAGGUCUACGGCAAGACGUCGCACCUGAAGGCGCACCUGCGGUGGCACACCGGGGAGCGGCCCUUCGUCUGCAACUGGCUCUUCUGCGGGAAGCGCUUCACCCGCUCGGACGAGCUGCAGAGACACCUGCGCACUCACACCGGGGAGAAGCGCUUCGCCUGCCCGGUGUGCAACAAGCGCUUCAUGCGCAGCGACCACCUGAGCAAGCACAUCAAAACGCACACGGCCGGAGGAGGCGGGGGCAAGAAGGGCAGCGACAGCGACACCGACACCAGUAACCUGGAGACCCCGCGCUCCGAGUCCCCGGAUCUGAUUUUGGAAGGGCCGAGAAUCACAGUGAAGGAAGCGUCUCCCCACGACGAGCCAUAAACCAACCCCCCUCCCCCCCGUCCCCCACUCCCGCCCCCAAAUCAGCUGAAACUAAAACGGGUUGACAGACUUUAAAGGAGAGAAAGAUUUUCAAAGACAGUCGUCUCCGCAGGUAUUUAAAUCCACGGCGAGUGAAAGAUGGAAAUAUUGUGGGACUCCGGACUGUAAAUGUGUUCUCUCAUGUUCGUUUCAUUCGUGUUGACCUGGAGAUCAGGGACUUUAUUUGGACGCACUUUGUGGAUAUGUACGUACACAGCUUUUUUAUUUGGAUAAUUUCGGUUGACACAUUUUAUCCAUUCGCUCUGAAAAAAAAUCUAUCUAUAUAUCAAUGUUGUACAAAGUCACACGUAUAAGACUCGUUUUAAAAUAAUUAAACAUCUUCA